AAAUAUAAUGGACGCUCGUCUUCUGGCGGAGCGUCAGGAUGCUCCUUAACGCCACCGUCCCUCUGUCGGUGGAUUUCGACACACCGGAGGACUUCCUCAUCUUCAUAUUCCAUAUCCUGUUCGCCACGAGUGCCGUGCUCGUCGCCGGCUCCGUGGUCAUCGGGAUAUCCUCAACCCGGUCCCUGCGAGGCCAGAACCGUUUUAUAUUCAUGCUGAACACCAGCAUCAGUGACACUCUGACCGGCUUAUCGGUCUACUACCUCGGCCUCUUCGACGUCCAAGAGGGCUAUCCCUCAAGGAACGGGACUUACUAUAUCUUACCCUCAUUUCUAGGAGUCAACGUGUUGACCUUCCUCUUCGCUCAGUUUGACCGGUACUUCGCUGUGUGCCACCCUUUCUUUUACCACCGCUACAUAACGAGGGCGUUUGUCAUUGGGCUUUGCGCGUUUUGCUGGAUUUACACCUACACCAUCCUCACGGUGCAGAACAUGGUGCCCAUUUCAAAGGCGGCUCAAAUAAACGCGUUUGGUGUAAUUGCUCUGCAGAUUAUUGUUCUCAUUAAAGUGUUGAUGACAAUUAAAUUAUACAUCAUAGCCAGGAAUCAGCUGGUGAGAGAGGCGCCCAGCGCCGAGAGAGACAACAAGAAGGAGUCGUUACGCAUCAUUGUGUUUGUGGUUAUUUGCUUCUUGGCUCUGUGGUGUCCAUCCUUUGUCAAUAUAAUAGUCAGACAGUUGACUAGCAAAGGUAUGAGGUUUAGGAAUGAAGCCACUAACCUGUUUGCUAUCAUGGCACGCCUGAACGCGCUGGUCACGCCGGCUCUGUACAUCUGGGGUAGUCCGGCGCUGCGUGGGGCCGUGUGGAGAACAGUGUGGAGGAGGGUCUGCCCCUGGCGGAUGGUAAGAAUUGGCUUAAACGUUGAUGGACUGACAAACAAAAUAGCCUUAUGAAAUUACCAGCAUCAAUAUCAUAAGGAGAAUUAGAUAAAUAGCCAGAUCAAGUGGCUGCCGUGAGGAUUGCAAGUGUUUCAGUCGCUUUUGAAUGCAUGUGAGUUCUCAAUCCUCCUGUUUUAAAUGUUUGAAAAAAGAAACAAAACACACCUGAUAGAUUGGGCUGCUGAGCUUUUUUUGUGUGGAAAUUCAGGUGUGAUGUCAAAGGUGAAAUAUGGACUGUAUUUGAGAUUAGGUAUGCCAUUACUGUAUCUGCCAUUGCCACAUAUUUCGAGGGUCCUCCAUUAGUUUGGGGCUAAGCCCACUGAUUCUGACAUUUCAUUUGGAAACAAGGUACCUGUCAUGACGCUUUUAACAGAAUAAAAAUGUUAAUUUUG